AAGGCACGCCAAUGUGACAGAGGCCGACUCGUGUCUGCAGUUGGUGUUAUUAGUGCGAGCUCGGAAUUACACACCAACAUUUGACACGUUAUGGUGAAGCAUCACCCCGUUUCGGAGGGAGGAGACGCAAACCUUUCGCCGUGACUUCGACCUCCACCACCGGAAACCCGUUAGCUUAUGGUAGCUAACGCAAGCUAGCUAAGUUAGCUGUUACCCUCGUUUUUUCCACGCAGCUGACCUCCACCACAACACAGGCGUACUGAGAAUCAUUUGCUUGCUAGUUUGGGGUCGUUACCUUCCCGUGUCUUUACGUCCCCCCCGCCCCCGUUUGUCCCCUCGUGGUGCCCCGUGGACGGUUCCCGAAUAUGAUACAUAAUGAGUCAAAGAGAUACCUUGGUUCAUCUGUUUGCUGGAGGAUGUGGGGGCACGGUAGGAGCCAUAUUGACUUGUCCACUGGAAGUCGUGAAGACCCGUCUGCAGUCAUCCUCCAUCACCCUCUAUGUGUCUGAGGUUCAGCUCAGUACUGUCAACGGGGCCAGUGUGGCCCGCAUGUCCCCGCCUGGCCCUCUGCACUGCCUCAAGUUGAUAUUAGAAAAAGAAGGACCUCGCUCUCUCUUCAGGGGCCUGGGGCCAAACUUGGUGGGCGUGGCACCUUCCAGAGCGAUAUACUUUGCUGCUUACUCCACUGCCAAAGAGAAACUGAAUGCUGUGUUGGAACCCGACUCCACACAGGUACACAUGGUGUCCGCUGGAAUGGCAGGUUUUACAGCCAUCACAGCAACCAAUCCAAUAUGGCUCAUAAAGACCCGUCUCCAGCUGGAUGCUAGGAAUCGGGGUGAGCGAAGGAUGAGUGCGUUUGAGUGUGUGCGACGGGUGUAUCAGACAGACGGCCUGCGAGGCUUCUACAGGGGUAUGUCGGCAUCCUACGCCGGCAUCUCAGAGACUGUGAUCCACUUUGUGAUCUAUGAAAACAUCAAACGCCGCCUCUUGGAGGCCAAGGCACCACAGAACAUGGACGAGGAAGAGGAGACGUCCAAAGAUGCUUCAGACUUCAUCGGGAUGAUGCUUGCUGCUGCCACCUCCAAGACCUGUGCCACAACUAUUGCUUACCCUCAUGAAGUGAUCCGCACCAGGCUACGCGAGGAGGGCACCAAGUAUAAGUCUUUCUUCCAGACUCUAACAACAGUGCCCAAAGAGGAGGGCUACCGCGCCCUGUACCGCGGCCUCGCCACCCACCUCGUACGACAGAUCCCCAACACCGCCAUCAUGAUGUGCACCUACGAGCUGGUGGUCUACCUCCUGAACCGUUAGAGUCUUCCCCCGCCACACGUAGACAGUAUAAUAACCCCGCCCCUGUUUGGAGACGGAGGAAAAGAGAGCUAACUGCACGGCAGCCAGCACAGCAACCUGCUCGCCAGAGGAGGACAGAGACAGCACCGUGACCUUUGUCUCAGAGUGGUUGUUAAAAAUAAGUUUUGUUUUAUAACCAAGGCAUCUGGCACAGGGAGGAGGAUUUUGAAGUUGCUCACAUUGGUUUGGGGAUCUGGGGUUUAGCAGUGGCGAAGAAAUGGUUGCCCUAAUUUCAUUUUAAUUCCAUCCUUUUCUCCCUUUGGUUAUAUGCGUUGCUUCUGAAAGCUCUGAUUCAGAGUGCUGAGGAAAGAGUUACAGUAUAUUCUGCCUCUAACAAUACUAAUGAUGGAUUAGAAGUGCAGUAAUUCCAAUCCGUACUACCUACUGGAUAUAAAACGCCCCCUGGCAGUUGCUGUCAUACUGAUGAUCAGUUCUUAAAAAAUAUUUUGUCAGCAGUAUUCCCUGCAUCCAUCAGAGCAGCAGUGCGGUAUCUGACGAGGGGCUUUAGAGUUAGGGAAGAAGUCAUCGGUGCGUGGAAAGAACAGAGGGAAAGAUAGGGAGAGAGAUGAAUGGGAAACGUGCCUUGUGUGUAAACGUGAUGUUCGACUUAGAUGCACAACGGCUGUAAGGGGUUGAUCUGUCACAACAGAGUCGUACACUGGUGUCGCGUGAUUACAGGUGUCCUUAGUGAACCUUUUUCAUAUCGUGAACAUAGACACACUCACCUAAAAUUGGUCGCAAAUGUAUCUACAGCUCUUUACACUAAAUACCUACAGGGUUGAUAUCUACUCGCUCAGUGCAAAUGAAGUCUACGUAAUGACGUCGACCUUUGUGUUUGUGUUAACAAUGUGUGGAAGAAGAGCAUUCACUAACAUGAGAUGGAGGGUGAAACAUCCCCAAACUUAACCACAAAAUAAUCACCAUUCUAACCACUGGAAUGUAAAUAAACAGGAGGAUUAACUUCACAAAAGGCAGGCAAGUAAAACACUGACCCCAUGUUUUGAAUUAAAAAUAAAUAUGAUUAACACAUUUUAACAAACUGUAAUAUUGAUUGAGAUAUAAAAUUCCCUCAUAGUAGGCUUGGGUGGUAUCUACUUUUUCAUACCUUCCUGACAUUUAACUGGAGUAUACAGUAUAUGACAGUAAUUGUGUAAAAAAAAAAAAAUGAGAAGCUGAGCUCCUGGUGAUAAAAGUUUUGUAUUAUGGUAGAAAAUAAGCGAUAUGGAUUUUUUUGCCGAUAUCCGAUAUGCCAAUAUAUAACAACUCAUUUGGCUGAUAUCGAUACCAAUAUCGAUAUAUCCACAUUUUUACCUCGCCUUAUUUUAGUAAUCGUCAAGUCUCUUCUGUAGUGAAAUUUACAUUAUAGUAUGCAUACUCUUAUUGUGAUGGCCCACCAGCAGAUGGAGACAUAAAAUACAAUGCUUUCAAUGUACAGAAAUGUUAGCAUUCAUUGAGCAAAAGUAGAAGAAAAUUUGACAAAAAAAAGGAAAAUAAAGUCAAAACCAAAACAAAUUAAAAACAACAUAAAGGAAAUGACCUAAAAAAAAGUCCUUAAGAAAUAUAAAUCCUGUAACAUAAUAAAGAUAUAAGUAUAAAUAUAUUUUUCUGUACAUUUUUCUGUAGCUUCUUAAAACAAUUAAAUCUCCUCUCUUUUUUUGC